ACAAGGGCAGGUGAAAGCCUUAUCAAAGGCCGAACUAGGGACAAGGAAGAGAACAAUGGCGAGGUUCUCACUGCUGGUGUUAACUCUGCUCUUACUCUCGAUUCAAACAGUGUUUGGCUGUCCGUCUGGCUGGGUAUCACACACCAAUAAAUGCUAUCUUCUGAGCUCCUUCACGACGUCAUGGCCAACCGCAGAGACAUUUUUUUGUACAGGCUGUCCGUCUGGCUGGGUAUCACACACCAAUAAAUGCUAUCUUCUGAGCUCCUUCACGACGUCAUGGCCAACCGCAGAGAGUUAUUGCCGUACCUUUUCUGCAAAACUUGCCGAACCAAUGGACCAAUCCUCUGUUAACUUCCUUAGCGGUGAAGUUAAAGGAAGCGCACCAUUGAAAAACACGAAUUAUUAUAUUGGCGGAGGGGACUUGUUCGUGGAAGGAGAGUGGAUAUGGAUGUCAACACAGGCACCCAUUAGUGUUACCAACUGGAAUACAGGAGAACCGAAUGACCUCGGAGGACAAGAAGAUUGCCUGGAGAUAAUUCCGCCUACAGGGCUGUGGAAUGAUAUCCUUUGUAGCGUGCAGCAAGGUUUCAUAUGUGAAAUGGAUAACGAAUAUGCCCAAAGUCUAAUUGGGUAAUGCAUCAGUUUGAGAACGUCGAUUUUGUUGCGGAGUCACUCAACAGCAACAACAUUGUUUAUAUAUUUUUCGAAUACCAAUAUAAUGGAAAUACAUUAAACUGAUCCUUAAAUAAAACAAA